AUGAGCACCCUUAUGUUGAUGAGCCCUGCGUCUUCCACCCCCUGUGUCUACCAGACUGCGUGGACUAGCGAGCACAUCGACAGCGUCUUCCAGUGUCUCGUGCCUAAGGAGAAACAGACUCUCAAGUUUGUUGAAAUAUCCAUCGAACUCUAUGGGCAGAUGGAUCAAGGCGCCAGAGCUGCUCUCGCCAACCUCUUCAUGGUUGAGUUCGGAAAGCCCGUUCUCUACGCUCAUGACAUCAAGAAGGGUUGCUGGUAUCUUGGAGUUGCUAGCGACCUGAUUGCCGAUGGCGGAAUGCUCUUGAAUGCUCACGGCGCUAUUAAUGCGCUUUUCUUCCAGCGCCCUAAGCCCGAGACUACCCGCCCUCGUAUCCCACGACCUCCCAACGCUUACAUCCUCUACCGCAAGGAGCGUCACCAGAUCGUCAAGGGAAAGCGCCCUGGUAUCACCAACAACGAGAUUUCUCAAGUUCUUGGACGAUGCUGGAACAUGGAGCAUCCUGACAUUCGCACCUACUACAAGAAGAUGGCAGACGACAUUAAGGAGGAGCACAAGCGCCUGUACCCUGAUUACCAGUACCGCCCUCGCAAGUCUAGAGAGCGACGCCGCCGCUCUGUUCCUCACACUGUUCCUCACGUGUCUAGCGCUCAGGUUCCCGCCGCCCAGCCUACUCACCAGCCUCAGUUCUCUAUCCCUUCUCAGAUUGUCUAUCCUGCCCAGGUUCUUGCUGCUGCUGUCGCUGCUCAGCAAAACAACGUCUGA